AUAUCUCAACGCUAAGAUGAAGCCGCACUAUGUGCUCUCCCUGUGUUUGGCACUUUCGUUAUUUAUAGGAUCACUGCAUGCAGAGGAUUGCUGCAAAGAUGGUGAAACCAAAGCUGAUGAGGAUGAUUGCACCCAAUACUAUGUCUGUUGCACCGGACAAUUUGUCUUGAAAUCUUGUGAAGAUAAUUAUUAUUGGAAUGCCACCCAAGGAGUAUGCAAAGAGGAUAACGGUGAAUGCAUUGGCGGUAAUACAAACUGCGAGGAGGGUACUAUUAAAGAGAAUCCCUCGGAUUGCGCUGGCUACCUCAAAUGCGUGAACGACGAUUGGGUACCCGUGGCUUGUGCCGAAGGUUACUAUUUCCACAAUGGCAUAUGUACGAAAGAUGACGAUAACGUUUGCCUAAAUUGCGUUGAGGGCUGCACUAAAGAGGAUCUCGAUGACUGUACCAAAUAUCGUGUUUGCAGCAAUGGCAAAUAUGUAACAAAAUCGUGUCCAACUGGCGAUUACUGGAACGCAGAGAGCAGAGCAUGUGAACGAGAUGAAGGUCAAUGCAAUGGCAAUAACUCAACAUGUAAAGAUGGAACUCUACAGGCAAAUCCUUUGGAUUGUGCUGGUUAUCAGAAAUGUGAGAAUAACGAGUGGUUAAACAUAUCUUGUCCUGAAGGUUACUACUUCAACGCAACAUAUGAAGCAUGUAUAUUUGAUACCGAUGGGGUUUGCAAUGGCAACAACUCAACAUGCGUAGACGGAGACAAACAGAUUAAUCCUUCGGAUUGUGCUGGUUAUCAGCAAUGUGAGAAUAACGAGUGGAUCAACAAGAGUUGUGCUGAAGGAACCUACUUCAACGCAACAUAUAAAACAUGUAUAGUUGAUACCAAAGGAGUUUGCGUGAAUUGUGUUAAUGGCACCAAAACAUCUGAUGAGGACAACUGUGCCCAGUAUCUUGAAUGUAUCAAUGGAAAGUAUGAAACAAAGUCCUGUGAUGUCAAUUAUUGGUGGAACGGUACGGAUUGCACUUACGACAAUGGUGAAUGCAAUGGCAACAACUCAACAUGUAAAGAUGGAACUCUACAGGCAAAUCCUUUGGAUUGUGCUGGUUAUCAGCAAUGUGAGAAUAACGAGUGGAUCAACAAGAGUUGUGCUGAAGGUACCUACUUCAACGCAACAUAUAAAACAUGUAUAGUUGAUACCAAAGGAGUUUGCGUGAAUUGUGUUAAUGGCACCAAAACAUCUGAUGAGGACAACUGUGCCCAGUAUCUUGAAUGUAUCAAUGGAAAGUAUGAAACAAAGUCCUGUGAUGUCAAUUAUUGGUGGAACGGUACGGAUUGCACUUACGACAAUGGUGAAUGCAAUGGCAACAACUCAACAUGUAAAGAUGGAACUCUACAGGCAAAUCCUUUGGAUUGUGCUGGUUAUCAGCAAUGUGAGAAUAACGAGUGGAUCAACAAGAGUUGUGCUGAAGGUACCUACUUCAACGCAACAUAUAAAACAUGUAUAGUUGAUACCAAAGGAGUUUGCGUGAAUUGUGUUAAUGGCACCAAAACAUCUGAUGAGGACAACUGUGCCCAGUAUCUUGAAUGUAUCAAUGGAAAGUAUGAAACAAAGUCCUGUGAUGUCAAUGAUUGGUGGAACGGUACGGAUUGCACUAAGGACAAUGGUGAAUGCAAUGGCAACAACUCAACCUGUACUGAGGGAAGCACAAUAGUCGAUGCUGCGAAUUGUGCUGGUUACUUGCUUUGCAACAACAACAAUUGGCUGACACAGAAAUGCCCUGAGGGAACCUAUUUCAACAAGACCCAAUGUGUAUACGAUCGCGAUGGCGUGUGCCUAAACAAAACCUGUGAUCCCGAAUGCUGUGAUCGUCCAGACAACUGGGAGGGACCAGUCGAUGGUAACUGCUCAGCGUUUAUUCAAUGCGUUCAUGGAAUAAUGUACGAGCAAAGGUGUGCCAACAAUCUGCAAUACAACCCCAAAAAGGGAGAGUGCGAUUACCCCUACAAUGUCGAUUGUGAUGAUGGUAGCCUGCCUCCAAGUGGCCCCUCUGCUGGUCCCUCGGGCACAUACUGUGAGAGUCAUGGACGAUGUGUUGGUCAACGAGAUGGCGUUAUGCUUACCGGAGUUGCAGAUACCUGCGGUUCAACCUAUAUAGUGUGUCAAUGUGAGUGUGAGGUUGAACUUUCUUGUCCCAGCGGAUUGGUGUUCAAUCCAAAAUAUAAAGUCUGCGACUAUGAAUGCUAA